AUAGAAACAUUUCUUACACCCCCAACCCCACCCAAAAGCUUCCCCUUUCUUCUUCCAACUCUCUCUCUUUCCUCCCCUUACUUCUCCCAUUAGAAACCCUAAUCUUCGGUUUAAAGCGGAAAUUAUUCUAGGAUUUUUCUUUCUUUCGACGUUGGAUCCCUAAAUUUAGCGAUGAGUGCUCAGAAGAAAAGGAACUUUAAGAUCGAGGCGUUCAAGCAUCGAGUGGAGGUGGAUCCUAAGUACUCGGAGAAGACAUGGAAGAUUCUCGAGCAUGCGAUCCACGAGAUCUACAACCAAAACGCCAGUGGAUUGAGCUUCGAGGAGCUGUACAGGAAUGCUUACAAUAUGGUCCUUCACAAAUAUGGAGAAAAGCUCUAUAGUGGGCUUGUGACCACCAUGACUUGGCAUCUGAAAGAAAUGUCAAAAUCUGUCGAGGCAGCUCAGGGGGGUUUUUUCCUCGAGGAGUUGAACAGAAAAUGGGGGGAUCACAAUAAGGCGUUGCAGAUGAUUCGGGACAUUUUAAUGUAUAUGGACAGGACUUUUGUUACCACGACGCACAAAGUACCAGUCCAUGAGCUUGGUUUAAAUCUAUGGAGGGACAACAUCGUCCACACCAGUAAAAUCCAGACCAGAUUAAUCAGCACUCUUCUUGACCUCAUUCAGCAAGAAAGGACUGGUGAAGUCAUAAACCGGGGCUUAAUGAGGAGUAUAACAAAGAUGCUUGUGGAUCUUGGUUCUUCUGUAUACCAAGAAGAUUUUGAGAAGCCAUUCUUAGAUGUGUCAGCCAGGUUUUACAGUGUUGAGUCUCAGCAGUUUAUAGAAUGCUAUGAUUGUGGUGAUUACCUCAAGAAAGCUGAGAGACGGCUCAAUGAAGAGAUGGAGAGAGUUUCUCACUACUUAGACCCGAAAACUGAGUCAAAACUCACCCAAGUGGUUGAGAAGGAGAUGAUUGCGAACCAUAUGCAAAGAUUAGUCCACAUGGAGAAUUCUGGCCUUGUGAGUAUGCUAAUUGAUGAUAAGUAUGAAGACUUAGCUAGAAUGUACAAUUUGUUUCGUCGAGUUCCAGAAGGUCUUUCAACAAUCCGAGAUGUGAUGACGUCCCACCUCAGGGAAACUGGGAAGCAGUUGGUAUCUGAUCCGGAGAGGCUAAAAGAUCCUGUUGAUUUUGUUCAACGACUUCUUGACGAGAAGGAUAAGCAUGAUAAGAUUAUUAACACGGCAUUCAACAAUGAUAAGACGUUCCAAAAUGCUUUGAACUCCUCAUUUGAGUACUUCAUCAAUCUGAAUAAUAGAUCCCCCGAGUUCAUCUCCCUAUAUGUCGAUGAUAAGCUCCGGAAAGGUCUGAAAGGGGUCAGCGAGGAGGAUGUGGAGAUUAUUCUUGACAAGGUGAUGAUGCUGUUCCGUUACUUGCAAGAAAAGGAUGUGUUUGAAAAAUAUUACAAGCAACACUUGGCAAAAAGGCUUCUUUCAGGAAAAACAGUUUCUGAUGAUGCUGAGAGAAGCCUAAUAGUUAAGCUUAAGACGGAAUGUGGGUACCAGUUCACUUCAAAACUAGAAGGGAUGUUCACAGACAUGAAGACAUCUCAGGAUACAAUGCAAGGAUUCUAUGCAAGCCAGUCUGCUGAUAUUGCUGAAGGCCCAACAUUAGUUGUACAAGUUUUAACUACUGGGUCUUGGCCAACUCAACCUAUUACGACCUGCAACCUUCCUACAGAAAUAUUGGGGGUUUGUGAGAAGUUCAAAAGCUACUAUCUUGGGACCCACACUGGUCGGAGAUUGUCUUGGCAAACAAACAUGGGCACAGCUGACCUGAAAGCAACCUUUGGAAAGAACCAAAAGCAUGAACUAAAUGUGUCUACUUACCAAAUGUGUAUCUUGAUGCUGUUCAACUCUACAGAGCGGCUGAGUUGUAAGGAGAUUGAACAAGCCACAGAAAUUCCCGCUUCAGAUUUAAAACGGUGUCUUCAAUCUCUUGCUUGUGUGAAGGGUAAGAAUGUUUUGUGCAAAGACCCGAUGAGCAAGGAUAUAGCUGAAGAUGAUGUUUUCUUUGUUAAUGAUAAGUUUUCGAGCAAGCUAGUCAAGGUGAAGAUUGGGACAGUUGUAGCUCAGAAAGAGUCAGAGCCAGAGAAGCAUGAGACAAGGCAAAGGGUGGAAGAGGACAGAAAACCCCAGAUUGAGGCUGCAAUUGUUAGGAUUAUGAAGUCGAGAAGGGUUUUGGAUCAUAAUAAUAUAGUUGCAGAAGUCACGAAGCAGUUGCAGGCGAGGUUCUUACCGAACCCUGUGGUGAUCAAGAAGAGGAUUGAGUCCCUUAUCGAGCGGGAGUUCUUGGAGAGGGACAAAGCUGAUAGAAAACUGUACCGAUAUCUUGCAUAAGACCUUUUUUUUACAAGUUUUAAUUGCUUGAUUUGGUCAAUUUGUAUGUGUUCAGAAGGUUCCUCGUGCACCUUUCUUGUGUUUUAUUUCAGUUUCGGUAUCAAUGACUUGUUUCACUUUAGAUAUGAAAACUUUCUUGUCUCGGUAAAUUCUGUAUUAUCUUUUUUUUAAUCAUGAUGCAGCAACAGCUUACU